AGAAGAACUUGAAUACAAGCAAGUUUUCUUGAAGCCCACUGCACACUUCUUCUCUUCGCUGGGCUCCCAAUGUUUACCCUCAGAGGCUUCCACUGCUCCACAAAGCCUCCCCGACCUCAGUUCUCUUCAUUAUGGUUCUGCAACCAGCUGUUCUGAUGGCUCAAGCAGCCACAACCACAGAGAGGUCAAAGGUCAGCCUCUCACUGGAGUGGACCUUCUCUCCUCUGUGGACCGUAGGCCAACGAAAAUCUCUGCCCCUCCCUGUCCAGACAGAUCUCUGAAGCCAGUGUGUGACCUUGUGAAUGAUGCAAGCUCGGCCAUCUUGACCAACAGCCACGAUGCCUUCAGGGAACUGGACAUGGCAGAGCAGCAAAUGGAAGAGGAGGCACUGCUCGUGGACUUUACUAGCCCUGUGAUCACAAAGGAGAGCCCAGGUGACGGCAUAGGUGCUGCUUCAGAAGAGCAAACAUCUGCAGGGUCAGAUGAGCUGCUUGGUUUGAAACCUCAUGAACAGAGCGGUGGAUACUUUGCUUCUCUCAGUCUGCUGGACGUUAUUCUUCCUGCAGCAGUGGAGAAAAGUUCUGAGCCCACAGAUGAAUUACCAUCAACUAGGACCUCCGAGUUAGUUGUUGAAGCAGAGAGUGUCAGAGAAGAGACACCUUGCUUGAACCAGGUUGUAGAGAGCUCUGUAGACCACCAUGAAGCGAAAGAUGUAGGCAACAUUAAAGAAGUGACUUCAGUGAAUAAAGAGUUGCCAAAUGAGGCAUUUGAUGAAUCUGUACCCGAUUCCACCGAAGAUGUAAAAUGUGAAGCCUCAGACAGUGAACCGGUCCGCUUGUCGUGCCUGCCGUUAGCUGUUUCAAUGUGUGGAGCUCUGGUAAACCCAAAGAGCAGAGAAGAUUAUUUGGAGGCAGCUUCAGAGCAGUGUGAGGCAGAUGUUUCUGAGAGCAACAAACCAGACUCCCUGUCAGCCUUGGAAGCAAAGGACUCACCCAGGGACUUCAUCAGGGAGGGAAGGCCCUGUUUAGACAACUCUGCUGAUUCCAACCAGAUUUCAGAGCACAGACUGUCUCCAGAAGGGCAGCAUGUUCCUCCUGAAUCUGCUGCUGUUUGUCCUGCAAACCUUUCUUCCUCUGUUUGCUCAGAACCCAGCCCAGAGGAUCUCCCUGAAUUCGGUUUUGAGUAUUUGCCAGAGAGCGACCAGGCUGAGCUUCUGGUUACUGAUGAGGAACUGGAUGCCUUUCUUCAGGCGCAUGCUGAAGCAGAACAGGGGGCAGGUGUUUCUUAUUGCUGCAGUCCUAGAGAUGAUGCUCAACCUCAGUCUCUCUCGGAGGCGGAUGGAGUUUUAGAGGAGCAGAAGCCACAGAGCUGUGGUCAAGAUGGGCAGAACUGCUUGGAAGGAUUGGCCUCACCAGAAAGUGACAGAACAUUUUUUUUGUCUGCACAAGGAGGUUUUAACUCUGGCAUUCCAUCAUUGUCCCAGGACUCUAGCAGACCAUGCCAUGAAGACUCCUCUGAAGUUACCUGUUCUUCAACUAGCAACCCUUUCCAGUCCCAGCACAAUAGUAGCCCUGAUCAACAGCCCUCAUACGGAGGUGCCAGACCUAAACGACCACAAUGCCAAGCUGCAAAACCUUCUCCAGCAGAGGAGGAAGGGAAAGGGCAGGCUCAGGCCCUCAGUGCUUCUUCAACACCAGAGGAUGAGGACAGUUUGACUAUAACCCCAAGUCCUAUAGAGGAACAUUCCAACUUCAGUAAUUCCUGCCAUGCAAACCCGAUUCAAGAUCAGGAUUUUUCUGUGGGCUUUGAUGAACUCUCAGAGCCACCACCAUACCCCGGGGAACAAUCUGCAGAUGCUGUCAGGCCAGUGAACUGGAAGAGGGAAGGAGUGGAGGAGCUGGGGAGCAAACAGCCCAAGUGGGUACCAGACUCUGAAGCACCCAGUUGUAUGAACUGUGAGCAAAGAUUCACUUUCACCAAAAGGCGACAUCACUGUCGAGCCUGCGGGAAGAUUGCUGUUCACAAGCAGCAAACAUCCAACAUGAAGGAGCUGGAGCACUUCACUCUUGAAGAAUGGACAGAAAUGCCAGGGACUAGAUGUGCCAAGUUCAUGUAG